CGGCUGCGACGGUAUUGUAGGUAAAGGAUGGCGCUACGGUAGUUCGGUGGGGUGGUACCGUGUUCAAAUGAUAAAGAUUAGAGAUUCCCGACUGGCUCACUACCAGGCAUCAGCUUGCAACAACAAUAAUAAUAAUAUCAGAAAGAUAAAUAGUACAAAGGAGUCAAGGUCGUCAACACAACAUCCCGCAAAAUAUUAUUAUUAGAUAUUGGUGGCAGCGGCGGCAAUCGGCAUUUUGGCUUGGCGGUCAUUUUUAUCGCGUCCGUAAUCCGUAAUUGUGUGAGUGUGUGUCUGUGUGCGUGAAUGUUAGUGCGCGCGCGCUGUGAGUAAACAAAAACAACUCGAUAAAUAAUAAACGUUCAACGGACAAAGCAAGUGUUACGACUUUCAACUCUUUCAAGUGUGUGUUGCGCCCGACCGUUUAGUCAUUGCGCCUUUCUUUUUCGUUCGACAUUUCGACCCCUCGUACGCGACUGCACGGCGUUCGAAUCAAUACGGCGAAUACCUAGGUCGAGAUCCGUUGUUAUUAAUCAGCAAUCUUUUACUGAUCGCCGGCUGACUAGACGGCUCACCGUAGGCGUACCUAUUGUAUUUUUUCCUGCCCGGAAACCGUCAUUCGUAAUUUGCCCUUCGAAGGUCGGUGUCGACGACAGUACCAUACCGUCUGGACAGGGACGACCAUAUCCGUCCUUACAUGGACCGCGGUGCUAUCAGCGUAAAAAUGGAACGUUUGACGACAUACCCGAAUUUGAGUAAUUGCUUUGUACAACGAAUACGGUAUUUCCCGCACAAUUUGCGGAUAUAAAUAAUAUUGACAUUGCUCCAUUGUUGUAUCCAUCAUGAAACUGUUGGAGAGCUCUCAAUUAACCGAGCUGUCGAGAGCGCUUUGUGUGGACCGAGGAGAUGUUAAAGUCGUUGCCAGGAUCGAAAGCUAUUCGUGCAAAAUGGUAGGCGAUGAAAAACAUAAGUAUAAAAAGUUUUACUCCCAGAGUGGCACACAGCCAGGUGACCUCGAAGCACUGGGCUGUUCACCCAACAGUGAUCCACGAUAUGGAAGAAGUCUCAGUGUAUCUGGAGAUGAAGAAGUCUUGUUAUGUGAUACAAUAUCACGCAAAUCUUUAUUUUACUUGAUUGCAACACUUAAUGCCACAUUUGCACCUGACUACGAUUUCACAGACGCCAAGUCAUCAGAAUUUAGUAGAGAACGUAGUUUGCAGUGGGUCAUGAGAGAUGUGGAUAAUAACUUAUCAGCAGUCAUUGUAGAACCUAACACAGCAACAUCAUGUGUUACAUCUAAUCAGAUUAUUAUGAUAAAUCAUCUACAAAGUAAUACAGCUCCCAAAAACUACUCACAGUUACGUGACAAACUCUGGGAAGUAAUUGACAAAGAAAUUGGCAUGUCACAAUGUGACAUUUACAGCUAUACACCUGAUAUGCGAUCAGAUCCAUUUAGCGAAGAUGGGUGCCUGUGGUCAUUCAACUAUUUCUUUUACAACAAAAAACUUAAAAGAAUUUUAUUUUUUACUUGCCGUCGCAUUAUUAGUUCUUCUUAUCCCAUGGACUUUGAUGGAUCAAUAGGGACAGGCUCUGAGUCUAUGUUCUUGUCUGAUUAUUAUGAUGAUGGCAGUGCUGAAAGCAACAGUAGACAUCGUAGAGAACGAAGUCCUCUAAACAAUAGUCGCCGUCGAGGUGGAAAUAGUAAUUUCUGAAUGACAAAAUUUAUGAAAGAAAAUAGUCUUAAUAUACUUUUAUCUUGCUGUCUCUCUUUUCUUUUCUAUGCUUUUAAAUAUGUAUUAGUACACAUUAUUUAAUAAAUAUUAUUAUUCAAAAAAUAAUUAUAACAUAGAUAUAUAAUAUACACACAAAUAUUGUAUCAUUUUACACAUUUGCACUUUUAAUUGUUAUUAUGUGUGAGUAUAAUUAUACUAAGAUUAUAAAUGGUUUUACCAAUGUGUGGUAAUAUAUUAGUGUGGUGGAUCUCAGUUAUUGCAUAUUUUAAUAGUCAUGAUUGAAUUUUAUUGUCAGCAAUUGUGUUGAUAUUUAUUUAUAUUUAAAUUUAUUAACAAACCAUUUUACUAAACAUUAUUUAAGAAUGGCAUUAUUAUGAUAUGAAAGGUUUAUGAAAUUGUAUAUCCAAUAAUUAAUUUAAGUAUAUUUUAUCCAUAAAUUAAAUUGUUUAAAUUUUAUAUUAUUUAUUACAGUAACAAAGUAUUAUUAUACACUUUUAGGUACCACUGAAAGUCCUGAUCUUUACCUUAAAACUAUUUUAUUUUUUGUACUGGUUAGAUGCAGUUUAGUUUGUAUGACCAUAGUAUUACGAACAAAUGAUUUAUGUACUUGAAAUAUAAUAGAUGUAUAAAAUGAAAUAUAUUGUCCAAAGAUAAAUUAUAUAAAUAUGUAUGUUUUUA